CCAGUCAAGACCCAACAGUUGCCCUGGGGCUCCGAGCAGGACAGGGGAAAAGGUGAAACAGAGAGCCAGCGGGUGGCGGUCCGCCGGAGACUGUGAAUACCUAAGAGAUGCUGAGAAGGAGAGAAGUCCUUUCUGGCAAGUCGCCCAGUGUCUCUGUGACAGAGCCUGGAGGGAAAGCUGACUGCGGGCUUCCAGGAUGCUAGAAUUCACUGAGCCCAUCUCUGGGAGAGGAUUAGCUUUCUCUGGUCCUGGCACAGAAAUAGAAGCAAAGACACAGGAGGUGCCACCUCAGUAUCCUCCAAUUCAAAGUAUCAGAGUACAAUUUACCAGGUGUGAGAAUGAGAAAGGUUGCAUCAUCACAUCCCCAAACAACGAAGAAACCAUGAAGGUGCAAGACAAUUCCAUCAUUAUCAACUGUGACGGGUUUUACCUCGUCUCCCUGAAGGGCUACUUCUCUGAGGAGCUCAGCCUCAGCCUUUAUUACCGUAAGGGUCGGAAACCUCUCUUCUCCCUGAGCAAGGUCACAUCUGUUGACUCCAUUGGAGUGGCUUAUCUGGCUUUCAAGGACAAAGUCUACUUUAAUGUGACUACUCACAGUGCCUCCUACAAAGACAUUCAGGUGAAUGGUGGGGAAUUGAUUCUCAUUCAUCAAAAUCCUGGUGGAUUCUGUGCCUACUGAGGACCCAAGGGCUGCUCCUGAGCCAGACACCAGAAUGAACAACAAACCAGGGUUGGACAGGACUCUUGAUUCUUCCUUGGGAGUGAAGACACUGUCCUAGCUUAGCCCCCAUAUAUGGCCACAUGGGAUGUGACCAGAAUCAAAUCCCCCAACUCAGGGAUAUUUAAAACUUAUUUUUACGUACCAAUUAACUUUAUUUAUCCUUAUGUCUUCUAAAUCACCUACCCCUCAUCCCUUAUGAUUGCUUCAAGCCCACUAGGCACCUGUACAAGAAUGAGAAAAUAGGUACCUCUUCCUCAAGGCACCUUCUAUCUACUGGUCAGGAGACUGUCAUAAUAAACUUUCUUUAUUGAAAAAGACACUCGACUACCAUUUGCUGGACAUUUGACAUCUGGCUUUGUCAAAAUGAAGAGGACCAAGGAAGGGGCUCUGAAUCGGCCAAAGGUGGCGUGGACUCAUGGUUGGCAGCCAAAACGGUCUCUCCAAGAUGAAAUUAGUUGCGGUUUGCGUAGUGUCUAAUACCUCUGCCAUUUGUUGGAAUUCAAAUGGAAGAUCAUCUUGAGAACAGCUGGAAGGACUUGAAGACAAACAGCUGAGAAAUACUCUGCUCUGGGCUUUUUUUUUUUUUCCCUCUACCACUUUGCUUGCUUUCCCUGCCUCCAUUGUUCUUAAUAGAAAUUUCCCUUCAAAGAAUCAUCCUGGUGAUGUGAUGCUGUGAAAAAUCUAAUCACUGAUUUCAGGAAAACUGAGGGAGAGUUUUCUAAACUGGGAGAGUGAGAUAAUUUAUUGUUGAGGGUUAUCUUUAUGGCAUGGGAGAGCAGUGAAACUGGACAGCUCAGGGUAAAAGUCAGUCAGAAUUUUGGCGGUCUGGAAAGGAAAGCACGUUCUUUGCCUCCGCCAACCAAACCAACACACGUGCAUUUUCCUGCUUAUGCUGAGACACGCACUCAGCCCUAUUUUGUGUACAUGUAUACCGCAUUGCUAGCUUCAAAAAUGAAGCAGUUCUAUUCUUGCCUGCAACUUUAUGUCAAGAUACUCAGAAGUUAUUAUAGUAUAUGAAAAACAAUGAUAUCUGUAAUAUUGCAUAUGAUCUAAUACUGAUAACUGAGACUAGAACGAACAAUAAUCAGCAAUACCAAUAAGGAAAAUGAUCCCUUUAUUUUUAGUUUAUAUAUCCCUCUUGAUGCCUCAGGCUUAUGGCACUGUGGACAAAUUUCCAGACGAUUUGUAAGUUCUCAAAUUUUUGAUGCAGCAAAUGGUUAUCUCCCAUUUUAGACAGACUGCAUAACAUGACAUAGACUCUUUCUGGAUGAUUCUGUGUCAUCAAAGUGAUUGUACUGUGCUGCAGUACAGUGAUAUCUCCAGGAUCUCCAGAAAGGGAGAAGACAGUUUGCCCCAUACUCAAUGGUCUCAAUUGCAUUUGUAUUUUUUCCUAUUUAACAUAGUUUUCCAUCCCCUCUUAAGUGUUUAUUUAUAAGAGAAACUGUGCGUACGGUAAGAGCAACCGAGCUCUGAGUAGCUGUCCAGGCGCUUUCCUAACCGUAGUCAUGGUCACGAUCAUAAUCACAGGUAAACAUUAGUGGAGGGUCUGCGGUGGGCCAGGCAUUGGGCGAAAUGCUUUACAUGAAUUGUUCUGAGCAAGAUAUUCCGUGAUAUUUGUCUUGAUGACUCAGAGGAUUGAAAUAUGUGUGUGUGUGUGUGUGUGUGUGUGUGUGUGUGUGUGUGUAUUUGUUACUCACUAUGGUUUUGGGAAGUUGAAGCUACUCAGAAGAUGGUAACUAAUAAGUAAAUGUUUAUGACUAUAGAUAAUAUUUAAGAAAAUAUAUAUUUACUUUUUAAAGGUUGGAAUUUCUAACUAUAUUUCUCCUGAACAUUCGCAUUCCAGUGGGUUGUCUGUCUCUGCUGUCAGGGUUCUUCCUGACAGACGCCCACUCCCUUUAGGUACACGUGGCUUUGCCCUUCCCGUGGGGCCUCUUUUGGCUACGCAGGGAUUUUUCUGUCAUGUGCCAACUUUAUUGCCCGCCCCCAACUUGAACCCAUCAAAAUAUGCAUUUUGCCUUUCAGUCAUUUCUCCAGAAAGAUAAUUAAACCUUCUUUCCGCACGGCGAAGUUUUGUGGAAGGAGAACGGAGUGAGAAGUCAGGAGAUUGAAAAUCUAAUUUGAUUCAGUCUCUAAUGAGCUAGGUGACCUCAGACAAGUAAUUUCUCAUUUUUGGAUCCUGCUUUCCUCUCUUGUUAAGUGACUAUUUUGGAAUCUUAUGCUCACAGUGCCAACUGUGAAUGUUCAUACUAAAUGUCUAGGUACUGGUUGCUGUGAGUCAAGAUGUCCAGCCUUCUCUCACCCUGUGUGGAAUUUUGUUUUCUGAACCGUCUUCCCUCAGCCUUCUUGACCACUCUUUCAAGAGCAGUUCCAACUGUUACUUAGUACCUUUCUAUUUAGAGGCUGGCAUAAGGGAUUCUAAUCUUGAUCCAAAUCAUAAUUUGUUCUUAAGCAUACUGGGCAGGUCCCCUAUUUUAAGUCAUAAUGUUGUAGUUAGUGCUUCUCUGGCUCUCAGGAAGUAUUAAUAUUGAUAUUAAUAAUAUAGCUAAUAAUAAUAUUGAUAUUUACAUGGAAGCAAAUAAAGA